ACAGCAGAGCAGGAAAUAAGGGGGCGGAGUAAAGUGUACCGCAGAGGAGACGAGCAGAAAGAGCUCCUUUUUCAUGAAACGGGAGUAAAGUACUGAACUUUGAGGAGAGAAAAAACCGAAGUAUCGAUCAUAAACCACUACCAACGUUUGUAUCGAUAUCUACAGCCAUCUGCCCACCCUUGUCUCCUGGCUAGUAGCUGAGAUCAGCGUGAACCGACGUGGUUCACGCUGAUCUGUUUCCUGUGUUUGGAAAGAGUUCCAGCUUCAUCGCGGAGUUUCAUCUAAAGCUGAGUAACAGGAGGAGAAGAGUCUGGUGGAGCAGCAGACGAACAGUUUCAGCCAUUUGGACUCAGCUCAGCCACUACAGAGGAAACAAUGACUUCAACACAGGAGGACCAACAUGGAGCGAGAAGUCAGCGCUCUCAGGAGGCCGACAAACCUCACAGAAGAAAGGGGGAGAAAAAAUACAGCUGUGACGAGUGUGGGAAGGAUUUUAGCCAUCCUAAAAACUUGAAACCCCACCAACUCAUCCACAGAGGAAUUAAAUCAUACAGCUGUGCUGAGUGUGGAAAAUCUUUUACCCAGGCUGGACACUUAAAAACACACCAAAUCACCCACAGUGGAGUAAAACCGUACAUCUGUGACUUAUGUGGAAAUUCUUUUACUCAGGCUGGAAGUUUAAAAACACACAAAUUCAUUCACAGUGGAGUUAAACCGUUCAGGUGUGAUUUGUGUGGAAAGUCUUUUACCCAUCUUGGAAGCUUGAAAACACACCAGCUUAUCCACAGUGGCGUUAAAGCGUACAGCUGUGACUUGUGUGGAAAAUCUUUUAGCCAACCUGGACACUUAAAAACACACCAACUCAUCCACAGUGGAGUUAAAGCACACAGCUGUGAGUUGUGUGGUAAAGCUUUUACACGCAGUAGCCACUUAAGAAGCCAUCAAGUUACCCACUCUGGAAUCAAGGCGUACAGCUGCGACAUUUGUGGAAAAAAUUUUGCCCAGCCAGGGCACCGAAAUAUACACGUACGGAUUCACACCAAAAAUGAUUUUUGCUUCUGUGAUCAGUGCGGCAAACUGUUUGUGACACACAAAGACUUACAGCAGCACAUGUUUACCCACACUGAGGAGAGACCUUAUAAAUGUGACCUCUGUGAUAAGGCUUUUAAAGAGCCACGUUCCCUAAGAGUCCACCAACAGAUUCACAUCAGAAAGAAACUCUACAAGUGCAGUUACUGUGAGAAGCAGAGCGACACAGAUGGAUCCAGUUCUCAACCCUGUCGUCAAUGUGGUGGUUCUGCAGCCUUAACCUACGCAGCCUUAACGGUCCACAAGGGCCGCGUACUCAAAGACCACUAA